AUCAAUUUGCAUUAAUUGAAAUAUUUUGCUAUAGCCAUUUUUUUUAAACGAAUUUUAUAAGAAAAAAUUUUGCUUCGAGAAAAGUUUAAAUGGUUAAUUAAAGUUAUGUGUUUGUAAAUUUUCCGAUAUUUAUUUAAGAUUAUCAUCAACGCAAAAUGAAAUCACUACGAUCAUUCACAUUCACUUGUAUAAUAUGGGCAUUCAUUUUGAUGGUAAACCACGUUACAAAUGGUGCAAAACUUCCAAAAACAUCAACAUGUAUUUUAGAAAAAAAUACUAAUAUAACAUGCCAAGAAAAUACAACAUUAGAAACAUUUACCGACUAUAUUAAAACGAGCAUAAAAAAUACAACUGAAAUAAAACAUAUAAAUCUAAUAAAUUGUUAUAUACCAUCACUUCCCGAAGCUAUGUUUACAAAUUUAAAUUUAACAAAAUUACGAACAAUAGAAAUACGUAAUUGUAAUUUAGAAAAAAUACAUACAAAAACAUUUUUAGAAUUACAUUCUUUAACAAAUUUAACAAUUCGAGAUAAUAAUUUACGUGAAUUACAAGCAAAUCAAUUUACAGGAAUGCGUGAUUCAUUACAAUUCUUAGAUUUAGAUCAUAAUAAUAUACAAAUUAUACCUAGUUUUACAUUUAAUGGUUUGAAUCAAUUAAUGUAUUUAAUCUUGUCGAAUAAUAAUUUAACAGUGUUAAAACAAGAUUUCUUACAAUCAAGUGUAUAUAUUGAAUAUCUUACUUUAAGAAAUUCGAAUAUAAGAAUGAUUGAAAAGCAAGCUUUUGGCUUUAUCUCAAAUUUACGUAUUAUUGAUUUAAGUGAAAAUCAAAUAACGCACUUAAAUGAAGGUGCUUUUAUGGGUUUAAAUGAAAUUGAAGUAUUAAAU